ACGCCAGGCCGGCAGUUUGUUGAAUCAAACAAGAAAAGUUCACAUCGCAAUAAGUGUUAAGACGCAUAAUCAAAAAUGUCUCUAAUUCCAUUUUUGUACGAUAACAGACCAUUCGGGAUGGUAGAACGAGACUUCUUCAGACCAGAUUUCUAUCCACCUGUCGAUCUUGUACCGCAAGAGGUAAUGAGGCCUUGGGAAAAUAUUUACCGGCCGUGGGAAAACAUGAUCAGGCAAAUGGAACAGCUAAGCUCUGGUAUCAAUCAGCUAGCCCUAAAGGAGGCGUCGCAGUUAUCAUCCGAUACGGAGAAAUUUCAAGUCAACGUGGACGUUCAGCAUUUCGCUCCAAACGAAAUUAGCGUGAAAAUUGUUGAUGGUUUCGUGACUGUCGAAGGAAAACACGAAGAGAAGAGAGACGAGCAUGGAUAUAUAUCAAGGCAGUUCGUAAGACGUUACGCCUUACCGCAAGGAUGCCUCGCCGACGUUGUAGAGUCCAAAUUGUCCUCUGAUGGCGUUCUGACUAUCACUGCGCCGAAAGUACUAGCGAUGCCAUCAUCUGGGGAAAAGAUUGUUCCGAUUAUUAAAACUGGGCCCAUUAAAAAGCAAAUAUCAAGUUCUGAAUCAGUGAUUGAGUGAAUAUCUGUAUUACGGUUAA